GAGAAAGGCAGGAGAGAUAGAGAAGACACAAGCCAAGGCAGCUGACAGACAGAAACCGUCAGCAUGGAGAAAGAACUUAUGUCCUUGCCUCCAUCCAUCUCCAUAUCAGAAAUGGAACCAAAUGACACCUUCAACAAUAACAACAGCAACAGGAACUGCAUGAUUGAAAACUUCAAGAGAGAAUUUUACCCAAUUGUAUACCUGAUAAUAUUUGUCUGGGGAGCCUUGGGAAAUGGCAUUUCCAUUUAUGUUUUCCUGCAGCCUUAUAAGAAGUCUACAUCUGUGAAUGUUUUCAUGCUAAACCUGGCCAUUUCAGAUCUCCUGUUCAUAAGCACACUGCCCUUCAGGGCUGACUAUUACCUCAGAGGUUCCAACUGGGUAUUUGGGGACCUGGCCUGCAGAAUUAUGUCUUAUUCUUUGUACGUCAAUAUGUACAGCAGCAUUUAUUUCCUGACUGUGCUGAGUGUUGUGCGUUUUCUGGCAACUGUUCACCCUUUCCGGUUUCUACAUGUCACCAGCAUCAGGAGUGCCUGGAUCCUAUGUGGGAUCAUGUGGAUCUUUAUUAUGGCUUCCUCAAUAAUGCUUAUGACCAUAGGCACUGAGCAAAAGGGCAAUGUCACAUCAUGCUUAGAGGUGAAUCCCCAUAAAAUUGCUAAACUGAAGAUCAUGAACCACCUUGCCUUGGUGGUGGGCUUCCUGCUACCAUUAUGCACACUGAGCAUAUGUUACCUGCUGAUCAUUCGAGUCCUAUUAAAGGUGAAGAUCCCAGACUUGGGGCUGCGUGUUUCUUACAGGAAGCCACUGAUCACUAUCAUUAUUGCCUUGAUCAUCUUUCUCCUGUGUUUCCUGCCCUAUCACACUCUGAGGACCCUCCAUCUCAUCACGUGGGAAGUGGGUACAUGCAGAGACGGGCUGCAUAAAGCCGUGGUCAUCACGCUGGCCUUGGCAGCAGCCAAUACCUGCCUCAACCCUUUGCUUUAUUACUUUGCUGGGGAGAAUUUUAAGGACAGACUAAGGGCUGCGCUCAGAAAAAGUCAUCCACAGAAUGCAAAGAGAAAGUACAGCUUUCCUGUUUCUGUGGAGUUAAAAAAAGGAAACAAGAGUAUAAGGAAUUAUUAGGUGAGAACUGUUCUUGUGUCUUUGUGUCCACCUU